CUUGCCCCUGCAUCCAAGGUUCCGAGCCGAUGUAUGACCGCAUUGUUGAGUGCCUCCUGUUCUGCUCGAGAUCUCAAUCACGAAUAUAAAUUAGAGAAAAAAAAAAAAAAAGAAGAGAGAGAAAGAGAGUCCACAUGCAACUCCGUCCACCGCUUCCGGAAGUAAAAUAAAAUUCCUGUUCCCCCGGGUCCAUUCAGCUGCUCUUUGCCAAAAAGAAUUACCCACCUGAUAUGAGUUUAGUGCGGAAUGCGAAAAUCUAUGGAGCUCUACGUCAUUCCUGGUUUUCGGAUGCUGGUUGGGGUGGGUAAUUCGGUACCUAGUUCUGGGAAAUAAAAAUUUAUGAGACAGAAAAUAUCAACAGAUGUCCAGUUGAGCUUUAUCGUUCCGAUCCUGGCACAGCUCCAUCCUUCUUCCUUUCCUGGGGUUAUCGGCCAUCUAAAAAAAAAAAAACCUAGGCAGUCAUUCGCUUCCUUUAAUUUGUAUCAAAGAGUCAGCUUGUUCUCUCCACCAACCUUAUCCCACGUUGUGUUUUUUUUUUUUUUUUUUUUUAAUGUCCUCCACGCCUUUACCCCGUCAAUGAUCCUUACCUACCUAAUAAUGCAAAAUAAAGGAGAGGAUACCUGUUCUUUGUUUUGCUCCGGUCUCUCAAAACGAAACCAAACAGCUCCCGCCCAGCCAAGGCCCAGCCAAGGCCCAAUAUAGUGUCUCUCGCUCUCCCCGUCCUGGUCUCAUUCCAAUCAGUAAUGAUACUUCAUUACGUCUUGGAUCGUUUGACAAAAACGAACAUCCCGUCUGUCCGACCGACCUCACCGAGUAGCAUUGUUAGCUCCUCCUAUAGAGAAGAAUAUCAAUCGUUUCUCCAGAAUUCUCCUCUUCUCGACUUGUCUCACUGUCCCUUUUAUACCCUUCCUUCCCGCCUUCCUCGUCUUUUAGUUCUGGCCAUCCUUCCUUCCUGUUCUUUACUUGUUCCUCGCCCCUGCGUUCCUCCCUAUCCUUCUUUGUGUGCAUAGAGCAGCCCUUAUAUCAGGGAGAAAAAGACCCCGUCGACUCGUGGUAUACGCAUAAACAGACAACAAGCGCGUGGGGAACAAUGAGCGAACCAACAGAAAAAGAUUUCGCCAACGUGUCUUCCAAUGGAAGCCAACCGGGCCGCACCAUGACCAAUGAGGAAUAUCAAGUCGCCCAGGCCGCCGCUCGCUUCGGAUAUGGUCCUCUCGCUCAGAUCCCAACGACCGGAGAACGACUCCCCGCCUUCGGAGGUGAAUUCCAGCCCGGUCUGUAUCGCCCCGUUGAGCAGCGCAAGUUCGCCAACCCGGCUCCGCUUGGCCUGUCUGCUUUCGCCCUCACCACAUUUGUCCUCAGUUUGAUCAACAUGCACACGCGAGGGGUGGCCACGCCAAAUAUUGUGGUUGCAUCUGCGUAUGGUUACGGUGGCUUCGUUCAAUUGCUUGCGGGCAUGUGGGAAAUGGCAAUCGGAAAUACAUUCGGUGCAACAGCUCUCUCGUCAUACGGUGGCUUCUGGAUCUCUUACGCAAUUAUUUUCACCCCUGGUGGGUUUCAAAUCACGGCAACUAUGAUCGAGAAAAACGGAGAAGCCGGGCUCCAGAACGCAGUGGGAUUCUGGCUUUUCGGAUGGUGGAUCUUCACAACCAUCCUCCUCGUUUGUACUCUCAGAUCCACAGUGGCAUUCUGCCUCGUCUUCGUCACUCUCGACCUUGCAUUCUUGAUGCUUGCUCUUGGUCACUUCUUCCUCACACCCGAGUUUUCGCCGAACCCUACGCUCAUCAAGGCGGGCGGUGGUUUUGGAAUCAUUUGUGCGUUUUUGGCGUGGUAUAAUGCUCUAGCGGGUAUCGCAGAUGCCAACAAUAGCUUCUUCAUCGUCCCCGUUAAGCACUUGCCAUGGUCAGUCAAGGCACUCGAGGCGCGGCGGAAAGCCGAUCGCGAGACUGUUUAAAAAAUAAAUAGGGGCCAUGCGCGCAGGAAAGAAUUUAAAUAUGUUUUCGUCAUCGAUAUGAUAUCCUCACUUUAGUUUUGAGCCCUUCGUUGUAUAGAUUUUGUAGUUGUUACCGAGUUGAGCUGAAAGGCGAGGAGGUAUUGAUUAGGUUGGCUUGAGAUGGAUGAGAGAUCAGGAAUGCGGAGACAAUAUUUUUGAGCCAAACUUCCUAAGUCAUGCAUGAAAAGGUCACCAGAUCUUCAGCAGAGCAUGAGUGCUGUUUUUUAUUUUUUUCCUGUUUUCCUUGUUGGCUUUUAUCCCUGCUGCGGCUGAAAUGUUAUCUCAAUACUCGUUUUUUUAAAACAAUAUAUAUCACGCCAUCCAUCUCUUUCAUGUCCUGUAAAUCGCGUGUUCCGAUUUUCUUUUUCUUUUUUUCUUUUUUUGAGCAAAUCUGGAGAGAGAGAGAGGUCAGAGGAAUUUUCGAAAGUUUCUUCAUCGACAGCAUUGAGGAAUUAAUUUACCAGGCAAAAAGGGCAUUUGGGCGAGGGCGAAUAAUGAACGACGAUCAGAACUUCAGGUGGAAACCAGAGGAUAUUUAUUAUUUGGCGGUUGCUUGAAAUGAAGGUUUUAAGUUUUGCUAGUUCGUUAUAGUUUAGUUAGCGGAAACAUAAAUAAAGGAGACUUCCUUUCUCCCUCUCCGUCUCGCUCGCCUGGGCGUGACUCAAUCAAAGCAGCCCCCCAACCACCGACUGUUGAAGGGUGGGUUAUUCAUCUUUUGCGAAAUUCGGAUUGAAGAUGGUUGUUAUACUAUGUAGUGGAUUUGAGGGGGGCAAGAGGAGAGGAAGAUGGAUAUACCACAACCACCAUUUGAAAGGAGGAAAGUGGGAGUGGGUUGAACCCGGCUUCUGGUUGAGUUGAGGGUUAGCUGUAGAUAGAACAUCGCUAAAGCAGAGAGGGAAAACCUUUAUUUCUCUGGAGAGACGUGAAAGGGAGAGAAAAAUCAAGGAAGAGGGGAAAAAAAAGGGGGGGGGGGAUGAGGAAUCAAGACAUAGGUUCGGUCGUCCACCUUCUGCGUGCUUUUUCGCUUGUUUCAGAAGAGAGAUUCUAGUGAAAGAUUGGAUAUCCCAGACUUGACUACUGCUGAUGUUAUUAGACCGACUCUUUGGUUAGACCGUGAGCAAUGCAAGCUGUGUUGCGUGUAGUUAUUUAUAUGUUAUAGACAUAAACUGUUGGUCGUAGUGAGUGGCAGGAGAUAGAUUUCAGUUGAGGUGCUGGGUACAAUUAUAUGAAAGUGUCUUGGUAUGAGGAUAGUACCUGAAUUGCAUUGAAGCAACCAUCAUCUCUGAUAAUAAAAAAUAUAACUUUCCUUGGGCCUAGGGCUGAUCAAAUUACUUUUUAAAACUCACCCUCUCUCUUCUUUGCGUCGCUCCGUGGAUAUAUAUAUUAUGCUAUCUGGGAGUGGAAAAAGGACUUCAACAAAGACUUAAUUGAGUCGUUCUCAGUUUUGAUUCUCCAAAGGUGCUUGCUUCUCUAUCUCUCUAAUAUACUCACUCACUCAUAUUUGCACGGAGUACCUUGGCGACAACACAACCCCCACCCCUUACAUAAACCUAUUCUUGACUCAAAGCCUACAUGGACGUUAAAGCGGGACAAGGAGGAUGAAAGAGGAAGAGAAGUUAG